AUGGUGCAGUUUGCAAUGACUGAAAAUGCAGAAAGAGAUGGGGUUGUUCUGAAUCAGGUAAUUAUUCAAAAACGAAGAAUAAUUGCAGGAACAAGGAACAACAAGUACUUCAAUUCAAUUGUUAGUAACUCUGAAGUUAUUGGUAAAACUGGAGUAGGAUGGCCAACUAUUGGUGUUCCAAUUGCUGGAUGUCUUGGCGAUCAACAUGCUGCAAUGCUUGGACAGGAAUGUAAGAAAGGUGUUGCGAAGUGCACGUACGGAACCGGAGCAUUUAUAUUGUUGAAUACUGGCAAGGAAUUGAUCACCUCAACCAAUGUAUUACUGACUACUCUAGCUUACAAACUCGGUCCUGAUGCACUGCCGAGUUAUGCGUUAGAAGGUUCAAUUGCAAUUGCUGGCGCGGCAGUUCAGUGGCUUCGAGAUAGUCUUGGUAUAAUCCAAAGUUCUGGUGAGAUCGAAGAACUAGCAAACGAAGUUGAAAACACAGGCGUAGUGUAUUUUGUCCCAGCUUUUAAUGGCCUGUUUGCUCCAUGGUGGCGUGACGAUGCACAUGGAAUUUGUAUCGGAAUCACAAGAUUUACUAACAAAGCGCACAUCGCUCGUUCCGUUUUAGAGAGCAUAUGUUUUCAGGUUAAAGAUGUUGUAGACUCGAUGCAUAAGGAUUCUGGCGAAAAUGAUGAAUUGAAGGAUGAGAAUGGUGAUCUUAUUCUCAGAGUUGAUGGCGGAGCGACUGCUAACAGCCUAUUGAUGCAAAUUCAGGUGGAUUUGUUGGGAUGUCCAGUGGCGAGACCAGCUAACAUUGAAACAACUGCUCUUGGAGCAGCAUAUGGCGCUGGACUAGCCAUCGGAGUUUGGACUGAAAACGAUGUCUUUUCCGAUCAAGGUAGUGACGAGAAAACCACCACUUUCCAUCCCAACUUGAGUAAGGAGCAAAGGAAAACAAGGGCGGAUUCUUGGUGCAAAGCUGUCUCGAGAACUUUCGAUUUGGAUAACCUUUCCUUCUAA